AAAGAUUUAUUGAGAACCAGAAGAUUCCGAGGCGUAAGCCUGGGACGAUGAAAAUAAGAGCCUCCAAUCAUCAGAAAGAAACAAGCCACGCUCGAGUGGACCUGAAGAAUUCAAAAUGGAAAUUGUUUCCUAAAGGUAUCCAAGUAACAAUGGAGGAGGAAGACUUUGAGCAAGAUUCUGAGCUGUGCUUUGACUGUUCGCCAACAUCUGGUUCAGGACCACGCAUUUUUAAAAUGUUGGAGAAAUGGGUUCCAAAAGCAUCUCAUUAUUUUGACAAAGAACAUUAUUUUUAUGCUGGGAAUCAGAUCACCAUUCAGGAGUCCAUAGAAAACUUUGGAGCCAUAGUGUGGCCUGGGGCUCUUGCUCUGUGUCAGUACCUGGAAUCCGAUCAACAGGAAAUCAGUCUCAAAGACAAGAAAGUGAUUGAACUUGGAGCUGGGACAGGCUUGGUGUCCAUUGUGGCAAGUAUAUUAGGGGCUUUUGUCACAGCCACUGACUUGCCUGAGGUCCUGGAAAAUCUGGAAUUCAAUAUCGCAAGAAACACACAGGGCCUGAAAAUCCACAAGCCUGAAGUACGAAAGCUGGCAUGGGGAGAAGACCUCGACCAAGAUUUCCCCAGGUCAACCCACCAAUAUGAUGUCAUUGUGGCCACUGAUGUUGUGUACCACCACACGGCUCUGGAUCUCCUCUUAGCCACAAUAGACUACUUGUGUCAGCCAGGGACGAUCUUGAUAUGGGCAAACAAAUUCAGAUUCAGCACAGAUUAUGAUUUUUUGGACCGACUCAGCAACAUGUUCAAUAUCACACAGCUAGCAGAAUUCCCAGAGUCAAAUGUCAAAGUGUUCAAAGGCACAGUGCGAGAAAACUAAAACCAGAAGGUAUACUGGAACCUUAAUCCAGCGUUAGGCAACUUAAAAUUUUACAGGGCAUAGCUUUUAGAAGAACCUUCCAUGCUUUACUGUAAUCUAGUCCAUUCAAAAAACUUUGAAGCUCUGUUUCCUGACCUGAAGGAAUGAGGAGGUAAUUAGGCAUUUACAACUAUCCACAUAAACACAAAAUGUGACUGUCCCCCAUGUCUUUUUACAAGAUUGGACUAAUUACAAACUAGCAGGCAUGCAGGAUGUGCAACUGCAUCCUUCCAUUAAACACGCUGCUGGGGUUUUUGUGUUGAGCUUCAAGACUUGGACUGAACUAGCCCUAACUAUCCAUUGUUGCUAAAGAAAGAUCGGAGAGACCUAUUUUUACUCUAUAAAAUGGUCCGUCUGAUGGCAUAAAGAAAUUAUUCCAAAUUGGCUGAAGGACAGAGAUGUGAGGAAACCCAAAAUCUGUGUGUGCCAUGUUUUCAAAAUGCAAGGACAAUCUAGCUGCAGAUAAUGGAGAAUUAUUAUUUUUGUAGUUACUACCAAGUACGCACUGCUCUAAGGCAAAAGGGCUAUGAAUUCGAUACACUCCAAAUAAACAAAUCAACUAUGUAUUAUAACGCUUAUUCUGUGCUUAAGUCAAUAUUCUUAUUGUUUAUAUAAUAUACCUGAACUGUUAUUCAUGAGAUCUAUAACAUAAAGAUUCAUAACAUUCAAUACAAAGUAUUCCCCAUUCUAAGUAUACACAGUCCAAAUGUAUAGCUAUGCAAUUCAAAUGCACGGAAUCAAUUCAUCGCUGGGAAUGGCGAUAUUUAAAGGUACAGUUUGUUCUGUGGAUCAUCCCCAUUCAAACUAAGCACGUAGUCUCCAUUCAUUCAUUCAUUCAUUCAUUCAUUCAUUCAUUCAUUCAUUCAUUCAUUCAUUCAUUCAUUCAUUCAUUCAUUCAUUCAUUCAUUCAUUCAUUCAUUCCCACAUAGUACAUAUUGAAACAAGAUAGCUCCACUGUAUAUAAAGCAAAUGCAAACUUGGCAGGUAAUCCUCGGAGUUCCCUUCACAUGCUCGUCAACUGGGCUGCUGGGAAACUGUCCGGUAGAAUUUCUUUCUGAUGGUCACUUGAAUAACUGUAUAGAACAUGUCGCACGUAAGUAGCGUUUUCAAAAAGCCUUCUUCAGUAAUGCCUUUCUAAGAAUAUGCUUUUUUUUGCCAUCAUAUGGAUAAUUUUCUCUCUACUGCAGAGCUGCAUGUUCCCAUAAUGGCUACCAUUAUGUGUGUGUGAGAAACAAAACAAAACCAGAGUAUCCUAAUCAGUGACUGCUCAAGUUUCAAGUCACUAGUGACCAGUUAACAGACUUCUCAUUAACCAGUAAGGCGUAUAGAAUAUGCUGACCCCCAUUGUUUACAACACUGCCUAAAAUAGUAAUUUAUUCCUGAUCUCCAUUAAGUCAAAUGUGCUACUAGGUACAGACUGAAUGCAAUGGUGCUCUCUGCACCUUCACAGAAAUUAGAGGGGGUGGGGAGGUUUCCAUGGGAAUUGCCCACCUUUAUCCUUUGCUGUUCUCCAAGGUCUCCCAAACCCUCAGAAGGAGCAAUUUGAAGGAGACAACGAGAAGAAACCAGCAGAGCUCUACCCCUGAGCCUUUGCUCCGAUUGCUAAAAAUUAACAAUGAACUUCUAAUGCCCCCCUUAUAUACUCUAAAAAAACUAGGACAGGUUCAGCCGUGUUCAUUGUUUUAUUUUAAAACAGUAUUUUUAAUGAAAUAUGAGAGUGAACGUUUUUGAUCUUGAAAUUUGCACGUUUAUUCUGCAGUUUUACAUUUUUCAAACAUUAUUAAACAUAUAUAUAUAUAUGUAUAAGUUUACAAUACCUGAUUAAGUUUUAACUUUCUGACACUUAAUACAUAUGUAUCAGUUUAUCCUGACACUGCUUCACAUGGAUAUGUUUGAGUAUAUCUCCAACGUGAAGAUAUUCAAGAGCACCUUUGCAUCAGCAAAUCAGAAUACACUUGCUGUGAAUUUGAAAGGUUUAACAUUUUAAAAAUUCAAAUUGUAAACUCUUGCAAAUGAUAAGCUUCAUUACCAUUAAAUUCUAAUAAAUAAGCUUUUAGCUACUGUUGAUGUAGCUUUUUAAGGCCUUGAUACAAUUGAAAACUUGUGUUUGAACAUGUUAAAACCCCACUGCUCAUUGUAAAAAGAACAGCUUGUACAGGCUUGUUGUUAAAAAUACAAACAGUUAAGAACAACA